UUUUGCGACGUCGGUGUCGGCGCUUGGCGGCAGCGCCCGCGGCUACCGGUGUGGGCGCGGAGGGAGCGGGGCCGAUGGCGGCGGCACCGGGAGGGGUGCGGGUGCUGCCCGCAUCGCCCAACUGGUACAGCAGCCGCUGCAGCGAUGCGAGCGGUGAUGGCCGCCUCUUCGGCUUCGCGGCGAGGCACCGCGUCUGCCUGCUGGAUGUCAGCGCCGCCGCACCGGAAUUUUACGGAGAACUCAUCGGGCACACGGAAAGGAUCUCCGGGUUCGCCUUUUGCCGAUGCCCCGGGCAGAGCAACCUCUGCGCCAGCAGCUCGGACGACGGGAGCGUCAGAAUCUGGGACACCGGAGCGCUGUGCGGGGUGGCGGAGUACACCGUGCACCAGAAUGCCAUCUCAGCGUUGCACUGGUCACCUCUUGUGAAAGAUCUGAUAGUGUCUGGUGAUGAAAAAGGAAUAAUUGUUUGUCACUGGCUCAACAGAAGUGACAGCCAGCAGUUCUUCCCAGAGCCUCGGACUAUUUUUUGUCUCACUUGUUCUCCUCAUAAUGAAAACCUGGUGGCAGUUGGCUACAAGGAUGGCAUGGUGGUUGUAAUUGAUAUCAGCAGGAAAAGAGAAGUACUUCAUCGGCUGAGAGGCCAUGAUGAUGAAAUACAUUGUCUGGCUUGGUGUCCUGUGCCUGGUGAAGAAAGGUUACCUGCCUGGCAAGAUGAGUUCCAGGCUCCAUCAGAGGAAGGCAGAGUUCCAAAUGGGGAGCUGAGACAGGACACAGCCACGAAGAAAGGUUGUUACCUGGCUUCAGGAAGCAAAGAUCAGACUGUACGAAUAUGGAGCUGUAUUAGGGGCAGAAGUAUUCUGACUUUGAAGCUGCCUCCCACCAAGAGAAGGGGUGGAGCUGUUGAUCCCACUGUUAAGGAGCGCAUUUGGCUGACUCUUCACUGGCCCUCUGGUCGUUCCACAGAAAUUGUAUCCAGCUCUUUUGGAGGAGAACUGCUACUCUGGGACUUGACCCUAUCUGGAAAACGGAAAUGGACACUUUUAGGAUCUUCAGAAGGACAAAAUCACACCCGUAUUGUAUUCAACCUGAGUUCUGUGAAGCAUCAAGACAAAGAACUCCUUUUUUCCAUUUCAAUGGACAGAGAUGUGAAGUGCUGGGACCUAUCAAAUCUUGAAUGUAGCUGGACCAUGCCCUCACUUGGGGGAUUUGUCUAUAGUCUUGCCUUCUCCCCUGUGGACCCAGGCUGUCUUGCCAUUGGUGUUGGAGACAGCAUGAUCCGAGUGUGGAAUACUUUGUCCCUGAACAAUAUUUAUGAUGUUAAAACCUUCUGGCAAAGCAUAAAAUCCAAGGUUACAGCAUUAGCGUGGCAUCCAACUAAGGAAGGCUGCUUGGCUUUUGGAACAGAUGAUGGAAAAGUUGGCAUAUUUGACACCUUCUCCACCAGUGCUAAGAAUAAACCACCUCAGAUCUCCAGUACUUACCACAAGAAGACUGUAUACACGUUAGCCUGGGGGCCUCCAACUCCUCCUCUGUCUUCUGGAGGAGAAGGUGAACAGCCCCCUGUAACUUUAUAUAGUUGUGCUGGAGAAGGUAUUGUUUUCCAACACAACCCCUGGAAUCUUAAUGGAGAAGCAAAUGAUAUCAAUAAAGUAAUCCGAGACACUAACUCAAUCAAACACAAACUGCCUGCACAUACAGAGAUCAGCUGGAAACCAGAUGGCAAACUCUUGGCUCUUGGCAAUGAAGAUGGCUCAAUUGAAAUAUUCCAGGCACCAAACUUGAAGUUGCUCUGCACUAUCCAGCAGCACCAUAAACUGAUUAAUGCUAUUCGUUGGCAUCAUGAUCAUGGGAGCCAGCCAGAGCUGAGUUACUUGAUAGCUUCAGGCUCAAUCAAUGCCACUAUUUAUGUGCAUAACCUGAAAAGCAUCAUAGAGGGCACUUCAGAAAGUCCUUUGACAAUAACGGAGCCUUUUCGAACUCUGGCUGGGCACACAGCUAAAAUCACAAGUCUUUCUUGGAGCCCCCACCAUGAGGGAAGAUUGGUAUCUGCUUGUUAUGAUGGCACUGCACAGGUAUGGGAUGUUAUGAAGGAAGAGCCACUGAGCAACUACCGAGGGCACGAGGGCCGGCUACUGAGUGUCCAGUGGUCACCAGUGGAUCCAGAUUCUGUUUAUACUGGAGCAGAUGAUUUUUCUGUUCACAAAUGGCAGAUAUCAAAGCAGCAGCACACACGGCCUCCUCAGGGCAAAAAGAGUAUAGAAUUAGAGAAAAAAAGAAGCAUGCAACCAAAAGUCAAAGCCAAGAAGAAAAAAAAGCCUACUGAAAAGAGCCCAGCCAAGCAGGAUCUAAGUGACAUCAUGAAUGGAGAUGAGAGCACGAAGGAAAUCUUGCUAGAGGAAAAUGGAGUGUUGGAGCAUGAAGGAGAAAAAGCUCAGGAGACGGAGUUGCUUGAUAAAGUCUCCGUGACUGUGUCCAAGGAUACCUCUUCAUCUGCAUGUGAUUAUUCAUUCAGCUCGCCAAAGACUCUUGUGACCCAGAAAGCCACUCCUGUGAAAAAGGAUCCACCUAAGGAGAAACCAACUCCUGAUGCCUCUCUGAAGAAGAGGAAGCCUCGUUCUAUUCUACCCUUCAGCACAUUCAUGGAUCACAGAUCAAAAGAUGAAUUGCACCAGGACUGCUUGAGGCUGGCUACAUGUCUGAAAACCAAAGAUGAAAAUGAAGACAAGUCUCCUGAGCUCAAGGAUCGCAUCCACUUGGGGCUGUUCACAGACAGGGCUUCUCUGCACAAGAUGAUUGAUGUAGAAGGAAAACAGCACUUGGAGAAUGGGCAUCCAGAGCUCUUUCAGCAGCUCAUGUUGUGGAAAGGAGAUAUGAAGGGUGUCCUCCAGGCAGCUGCUGAGAGGGGAGAGCUGACAGACCAGCUGGUAGCAAUGUCACCCAUGGUUGGGUAUCAGGCCUGGGUUUCGACAGUAGAAGCCUUUGCAAAGCAGCUGUGUUUUCAAGAGCAGUAUGUGAAGGCUGCUUCCCAUCUCCUGUCCAUCCAUAAAGUAUACGAGGCUGUUGAGCUCCUGAAAGUGAACCACUUUUACAGAGAAGCAAUUGUAAUUGCUAAGGCCAGGUUACGUCCAGAAGAUCCAAUUCUGAAGGAACUUUACACCAGCUGGGCAGCUCUGUUAGAGAAAGAUGGACACUAUUCCAUGGCUGCUAAAUGUUAUUUGGGGGCUUCCUCACCCUACGAUGCAGUUAAGGUGUUGGCAAAAAAGGGGGAUGUGACAUCCCUUAAAACUGCUGCUGAGCUUGCACUGAUAUCAGGAGAGGAGGAGUUGUCAGCAACUUUGGCUCUGAGAUGUGCCCAAGACCUUCUGUUAUCCAGGAACUGGGUCGGAGCUGAAGAGGUCCUUCGGAAACAUAAAACUUUACUUGGACAACAACUUGUUUUCUGCCUUAAUGAACUGCUUUGCAAGUGUCUCAGUGAAAGAAAUCCCUGUGACCGGAAGAGCCCUGUGCCUCCCUGUUACCACAGCUGGGAGCUGAACAGAGAAGCCUCAUUUUUUGACAUGGUGACAGAUGUGUGGCAGAAUGUGUUUGGCAUGGACACCACUGAACAAGUCACAAGUGCACAGAAGCAGCUGCGCAGUAUUGAGCAUCCUCCUUCUACCAGCAACACACACCCAAAGCAGGUGCUUUUCCAUAUCUCCCAUGACCUGACCCUUGCAGCCCUGAGCUACCAAACUUCUACCUGGGAUGAGGCAGUGAAAAGUAUUCUUGGAGCUGUGAUUCGCAGUUAUGAUGCUGGUAACUUCACUCUGAUGCAAGAGAUCUGCAGCAUCAUCCUUCCUGAAGGCUGUGAUGAUCUGAGACACAAAAUAGACAGCACAAAUUCUCAGAGCAUGGAUGCUUCCAGAAGCUUAGAGGCCUUUGUGGCUUAUGGACUGCUGUAUGACCUGUGGUGGAAUCCACUCAAAGACUCCCUUGUCUUGCAAAAGGCUGUUUCGGAUGCUGUGCUGUGUCCCGGUGAGCAGACAGCUCCUGAGGAGGGUUACACUUCAGGAGAAACUGAUCAAACUGUGGUGAAGACAGAUAAAAACCUCUGCAACACAACUGAAGUUUGUAGAUGUGAAAACAACUCAAGAACAAGCUCAGCCAACUUGAUAGACAGGCAGUCAAAACUGAGUGGCUGCAAAGUGCUCCUUUCAGAAGAGAUUGCUGCUUUACAGAACACCCAGAGAGAUAUAGCUGAGGUCCAGCAGAUUUUAGCAGAUAUGAUCCACCAGCAUCAGCAGCAGAGGAACAACCUCCAGGAAAACACAAAUGGGAGCACCCAGGAAAGCAACCUGCAGCAGAAUACAGAGAUUGGAUCAGACAAACCAUGCUCUGACAGCAGCCAGCUGAACUGUAAAGAUGAAGAACCAAUUACACUCCCUGAGCUAACAAAACAGCUUCUAAAGGCAAAGCAGAAACUAGCAGAAUUUCCAGACAAUUUAAAGGUCUUCCCAUUUCCAGAUGUGCUGGAGUGCUGCCUUGUGCUCCUUCACUUUGGCUCCCAGUGCCCUCAUGAACUGCAUGAGCAGGCACUGGAUCUCCUUAGGAAACACGGGAAUGCUGAUAUCCACAAAAAGGCUGGCAGGAGGUUUUUGACAUGACACUUUGUGACCAAACUGUCUUGCUUGGGCUGCUUGACAUCUAGGUUGUUCUUUCUUCAAGUGAAGGCUCUUUUGAUGGCUGUAGUUAUUGUGGAUAAAACUACCAAAAAAUCAGGCUUAUAGAAAGACUCACUUGUGGUCAUCUUCUACUACUACUACUACUACUUAAGAAGACUGUUAGAAAAUUGAAAAGCAGUAGGAUGUGGGCUUGAACUGUAUACAAGAUUUUUGUAUUUUUUUUUUUUAUUAUUUGUUGGAAGUUAUGCUAACGAAAGCUUUUGCUGUUUACUCAUAAGAGAACAGUUUUGAGCAGCUGCAUCAGUCUUUCAGCAGAGGAAGAACUGCUGCUGCCCUCAGGAAAAACACUGGUUACUGUAAGCAAGCUGACCCUUAAGCUAGUAUUAUUCUUAAAAACAUUGUGAGUUAAUUUUCCCUCCUUUAAAUAAAGUCUUCUACCACUAUAAAUUAGUAUUUAAUUUUAUGGACAGAAGCCAGUAUCAAUCAAGGGCAAAUGCAUUAAAAAUAACCCUGGUUUGUUGGUGUUUCUUUUUUGUUAAACAUAUUACAUAAAUCAAACUCAGUAGAUAAAACAGGCAUAUGCUAUGGCUUACCUUUCUGUGGUGAAGCCACCUGGUAGAGCAUAAAAGGAAGGGCAAGAUCCUUUAUGUUUGAUUGCAGAACAAGGAGCAAGAGAAAUGGGAAUUCUCCAGGUCAACAGAAGUACCCACUUUUGGCAGCAUCCAUGUCCAUGGAUGAACAAACUGCUUUUUGCUCUGGUGAUGGCAAAUUUCAGCUGCUAUCAAGUUCUCUAGAAAGGCUGCUCUAGAGGUGCCAAAACCAGUCCUAGAUUCUGGAGUCCUGAACAUGCAACAUUUUGACCAGUCUUGCAGCUUUGCCUGACUUGUUAGAAAAACUCUUCCUAAGAACAAGGUUGCAUAAACUCUAGUGAACAUUUCAUCAAUCAGUAAUUUCUAGAAGCAAGUUUUUUAAUACACCAGAAAAAUUCAUGCUAGGCUGCGAGGGACUGUCAUGAAUUUAGGAAGUUUAUAAGUACAAUAAAGAUUCUUUAGGAAAAAAAGUAGGAGGGAUGGAUUUUUUUUUUUUAGUUCAAGGGUUGUUCCAGAUUCUUCCAGUCAAAAUGCAGGCUUGAUACUGAUAAAUUUUCUCCUCCAAGAUGAGUAAACCCUCAGAAAAACUUGAAGAGCAGUAGGAAAGCCAGGGAUUACAUUAAAAGAAGAUCCCUCUGUAAAUUUGUUAUCCUGAUACUCUAGCCAGAAUUUGCUGAAUUCUGUAUGAAGUACUUGAAAACCAGGAGGGGGAGCUAGUGCUAAACCAAAAAGCCCUCCUGCACUUCAGGCAAGAGCCACUGAAGUUCAGAUGAAGCAGGAAAACUUCAUGCAGGACAGAUGAGCAAAACAUUUGUGACUAGAUAUUUGGCUAUGCUGCACUGAGAGAUUACUUCACAAUACUGCUGGUGUGCUGAGAGAUGAGCAGAAACAGAAAUUAAAAAUUCCCUGAAAAAUGAUCAGAAGCUCAGCUUUCAUUACCUACUGCACAAUAAGCUCAAAAGCAGAUUUUACUAAGACCUACCCCAGUAGCAUGUCAUAAAUGGUAAAAGAAGAAAGCAACAAGCAUUUCUGAGAAUGCAGCCCUCAAAUUCAGAUUUUAGAGCCUGAACUUUACAAACUGCAGUGCUUGAUGGAAAAUCCAAAACAAGGCCUGGUUUUAAAAAAAUUUAUUUUACAAAAAAUUAAAACCAAGUAGUAUUUACAAGCAUUUUAAAUAAAGCUCCUAAACCUCAACUCUUAGUAAAACUGCUGAAGCUUGUUUAAAAUGCAAGAAAGUGUCUCAAAAUUUUGUUUGCCAGUCCAGAAUAGUCUGUUGGGUUUUUUUCUUUGUCAUUACAGAGCUGUUGGAGGGAAAAAAUGAUACUAUAGAAUAGCUCAUUUUUUCAAAAAAAUCAAUCUCAAGGUGUUUUUCCAUCCUCCAACCACUUUUCAGAUGUUGAUAAUAAAGAGAAAUGAAGCU